GCUGAAAAGCAGUUGACGUAAUCUCUUCGGUAAAUCAAGGCAAUCCAUCGAUUUCCAUUCUCGCACGGUCGCAGAUGGGCGGCCGCUUUUUUCCCGUGGCUUUGGAAAAAAAAUAACAAAAAAAACGAGAUAGUCGCACAGAGCCACCGUGCUCAUAUUUUUACAUAUCCAUCGGGCGGAAGAUACCGCUAUAAUGGGUGUUUUCCACGGAAGCGGACACUGUAGCAAAAUACGUGUGUUCAGAUUCUGAUUAAACAAGGCAACAACAUCCCGACCGCCCGCAAGCUAACAUUAGUUCCCGGUGGUGCUGCCUGGGGCAGAGUGACCAAACGAGGGAUAUAAAAACGAUCAUACUUGGAGUCCGACCCUAAGAGCAAGCAUGUCUGGGGCAUCUGUAAAAGUUGCUGUUCGAGUUCGACCCUUCAACUCCAGGGAAAUAGGAAAGGAGUCAAAAUGUAUCAUUCAGAUGCAAGGCAACACUACAACUAUCCUCAAUCCCAAAGCCCCCAAAGAACCUCCAAAAACAUUUAGUUUUGAUUACUCCUACUGGUCACACACCACGCCAGAGGACCCCUGCUUUGCAUCGCAGAACCGUGUGUACAAGGACAUUGGGAAGGAAAUGCUGGAGCAUGCCUUUGAGGGCUACAACGUCUGCAUAUUUGCUUACGGCCAGACUGGAGCUGGCAAAUCCUACACUAUGAUGGGCAAACAGGAGGAGGGACAGGAAGGCAUCAUUCCCAUGCUUUGUGAAGAUCUGUUUGAGAAAAUCAAUGAAGACUGCAACAAAGAGGAGCUCUCCUACUCAGUAGAGGUGAGUUACAUGGAGAUCUACUGUGAAAGGGUGAGAGAUUUGCUCAAUCCUAAGAACAAAGGGAACCUGAGGGUACGAGAGCAUCCGCUGCUAGGUCCCUACGUGGAGGACCUGUCCAAGCUAGCGGUCACAUCCUACACAGACAUCGCUGAUUUAAUGGAUGCAGGAAACAAAGCAAGAACGGUUGCUGCUACAAACAUGAAUGAGACCAGCAGCAGGUCUCAUGCCGUUUUUACCAUCGUCUUCACGCAGAAGAAACAUGACAGUGAGACGGACCUCACCACAGAAAAGGUCAGUAAAAUUAGUCUGGUAGACUUGGCAGGAAGUGAGCGUGCAGAUUCCACUGGAGCUAAAGGUACCAGACUAAAGGAGGGAGCAAACAUCAACAAAUCUCUUACUACUUUAGGGAAGGUCAUCUCUGCCUUGGCUGAAGUGGAUAACUGUACCAGCAAGAGCAAGAAAAAGAAAAAGACAGACUUCAUCCCUUACAGAGACUCUGUCCUGACCUGGCUGCUGAGGGAAAACCUCGGUGGAAACUCCAGAACAGCCAUGGUAGCUGCCCUCAGUCCUGCAGAUAUCAACUAUGAUGAAACCCUCAGUACACUGCGCUAUGCUGACCGAGCCAAGAACAUCAAAUGUAACGCCGUUAUCAAUGAGGAUCCCAAUAACAAGUUGGUGCGUGAUCUGAAGGACGAAGUGGCUCGACUAAAGGAGCUGCUCCGCGCCCAGGGCCUUGGAGACAUCCUGGACAUUGAUCCAAUGGGGGAUGAUUACCCAGGAAGUGGAAUCAAAUACCUCAAAGACAUUCAGAACAAUAAGAAUAGAUACUUGAUAGCUUCAGAGAACCAACGCCCUGGCCAUUUCUCCACAGCCCCUAUUGGUUCGCUGACAGCCUCUCCAUCCUCUGGCGCACUGUGCAACCAGGGGGGUCUUCAAUCAGUCACCAGUAUCCAGGAACGCAUCAUGUCUACGCCUGGAGGAGAGGAGGCCAUUGAAAGGCUCAAGGAGUCAGAAAAGAUCAUUGCUGAGCUCAAUGAAACCUGGGAGGAGAAACUACGGAAGACAGAAGCAAUCCGAAUGGAGAGGGAGGCUCUGCUUGCAGAGAUGGGCGUGGCAAUCCGUGAAGAUGGAGGCACUUUGGGGGUGUUCUCUCCUAAAAAGCUUAGCCAUGAUGGUCCAUUAGAUGAGCAAUUUGAUUGCUUUUCUACCAAGAAGCAUUUCAGAGAGAGGCCUUGUGAUCUCUAUACAGACUUUAAUGGGGUGUUUUCCCCUAAAAAGACUCCACAUUUGGUCAACCUGAACGAGGACCCUCUAAUGUCUGAGUGUCUGCUCUACUAUAUCAAAGAUGGGAUUACAAGAGUGGGUCAGGCCGAUGCUGAGCGAAGGCAAGACAUUGUUUUAAGUGGAGCUCACAUAAAGGAAGAACACUGCAUUUUUCGAAGCGAAAGGAAUGCCAACGGAGAUGUUAUUGUCCUGUUGGUGCCAUGCGAGGGAUCUGAAACCUAUGUCAACGGCAAACGUGUUGAGGAAGCAAUCCAGCUUCGUUCAGGCAACCGCAUCAUAAUGGGAAAGAACCACGUGUUCCGAUUCAACCACCCAGAGCAGGCCCGAGCUGAACGGGAGAAAACUCCAUCAGCUGAAACCCCCGUAGAGCCUGUGGACUGGACGUUUGCCCAGCGAGAACUUCUGGAGAAACAGGGCAUCGACAUGAAGCAGGAAAUGGAGAAAAGGCUCACUGAGAUGGAAAUCUUGUACAAAAAGGAGAAGGAAGAAGCAGACCAGCUUCUGGAGCAGCAGCGACUGGUUUACGAGAGCAAACUUCAGGAGCUUCAGAAACAGGUGGAAACACGCUCUCUGGUAGCAGAGACGCCGGACGAGGAGGAGCUGGAGGAGGAAGAAGAGGAGGAAGAACCUAAAUUACUGGGAUUGCCGUGGAUUCAGCAUGAGUUUGAGCUGGCUCAGUGGGCCUUCAGGAAGUGGAGGUACCAUCAGUUCACCUCUCUGCGCGACCAGCUGUGGGGGAACGCUGUGUACUUGAAGGAGGCCAACGCCAUCAGUGUGGAGCUGAAGAAAAAAGUCCAGUUCCAGUUCGUCCUGCUGACUGACACGCUGUACUCCCCUCUGCCCCCGGAGCUUCUGCCCCAAGAGCCGGAGAAGGAACGCAACCCGAGACCUUUCCCUCGUACUGUGGUUGCUGUGGAGGUUCAGGACCUGAAGAAUGGAGCCACACACUACUGGUCCCUGGAAAAACUCAAGCAGAGGCUGGAACAAAUGAGAGAGAUGUACGACCGUGCCGGAGAAAUGGCCUCCACUGAUCAGGACGCUGAUGGAGAGGGAACGCUGACUGGAAACGACCCGUUCUACGACCGUUUCCACUGGUUUAAGCUGGUGGGCAGCAGUUCUCCCAUCUUUAACGGCUGCGUCAACGAGCACCUGGCCGACCGCACGCCCUCUCCCACCUUCUCCACCUCUGACUCGGAGAUUACCGAGCUGGCGGACGAGCGCCAGAGCGAGAUGUCCGACUUCAUGGACGACGAGGCGUUUGUGGACGACACAAGCUCGGACGCCGGCACCGAGGAGGGCUCUGACAUCUUCAGUGAUGGCCAGGACCCCUUCUACGACCGCUCCCCCUGGUUCAUCCUGGUGGGAAGAGCUUUUGUGUACCUGAGCAACCUGCUGUACCCGGUGCCGCUCGUCCACCGUGUUGCCAUAGUUACAGAAAAGGGCGAGGUGCGAGGCUUCCUGCGUGUGGGGGUCCAGGCUAUAGCUGCUGACGAGGAGGCCCCAGAUUACGGGUCAGGGGUAAGACAGUCGGGGACUGCCAAGAUUUCCUUUGAUGAUGAAUACUUCAAAAAGAACGACUUUCCCUCUACGGUUAUGACUCGCUCUGGGUUGUCCCUGGAGGAGCUGCGUAUUGUGGAGGGUCAGGGUCAGAGCUCAGAGGUCAUCACACCCUCCGAGGAGCUCAACAGAAUCAACGACAUGGACCUUAAGCUGGGCAACAUCUCAGACAGCAAGCUGAGUCACAUUGACGGACUGGCAGGCCAGCUGGAGGUAGGGAGCAUCUUCACCUUCCGUGUUACUGUCCUCCAGGCCAGCGGCAUCCCACCCGAGUAUGCAGACAUCUUUUGCCAAUUCAAUUUCCUUCAUCGCCACGACGAGGCUUUUUCAACUGAGCCACUGAAGAACACCGGCAAAGGAGCUCCUCUGGGCUUUUACCACGUUCAGAAUGUUUCAGUGGAGGUCACGGAGUCCUUUAUUGAGUACAUUAAGAGCAAGCCCAUCGUGUUUGAGGUGUUUGGCCACUAUCAGCAGCACCCGCUGCAUAUCCUUGGCCAGGACCUGAUCAGGCCUCCAACACCAUCAAGGAAAUACUAUCCUAUACCUAUGCCUCUGUCUAAACCAGACCACACCCGUAAGAUCGAGUUGAUCCACUACUUGGUGAGCGGCUAUGUUAACAGCAAAGUGCUGGAUAGGCUGUCCGAGCACGCCAACGCCCUCGCCUCCUCUGCUGUGGCCAGCCUGGAGGACGAAGCUGAGCAGCUCUCACACUUCCCGUUCCUUUCUGCACUCCAUGACCCCGUGUUCACUGUACCUAAGCACCACGUUCCAGCCACCAAGCUGAACACCAUCACCAAGUCGAACCUGGGUCAGUGUGUCAGCAAGUACGACCUGCUCGUCUGGUUCGAGAUAAGUGAACUGGAGCCUACUGGAGAGUACAUCCCAGCUAUAGUGGAUCACAGUGCCGGAUUGCCCUGUCAUGGCACCUAUCUUCUGCACCAGGGAAUCCAGCGAAGGAUCACAGUGACCCUCAUACACGAGAAAGGCAGUGAACUUCACUGGAAGGAUGUUCGUGAGCUGGUUGUAGGUCGUAUCAGGAACAAGGCUGAGGUGGAUGAUGGUGCAGCUGAUGCCGUCCUGUCCCUCAACAUCAUUUCUGCCAAGAACAUCAAGUCAUCCCACAACACUAACAGGCUUUCUAUUGAUAAGGAUAUUGAUAGAACCUUCUAUCGUUUUGAAGCGGUGUGGGACAGCUCCCUCCACAACUCCCUCCUGCUCAACCGGGUCACUCCUUACGGAGAGAAGAUCUACAUGACUCUGUCCGCAUAUCUAGAGCUGGACCACUGCAUCCAGCCCGCCAUCAUCACUAAAGACGUCUCUAUGGUGUUCUACUCCCGGGACGCCAAAAUCUCUCCUCCCCGUUCGCUCAGGAACCUUUUUGGGAGUGGCUACUCCAAAACUCCUGACUGCAAUCGUGUCACCGGUAUCUAUGAGCUGAGCCUGUGCAAGAUGUCUGACACUGGAAGCCCUGGGAUGCAGCGAAGGAGAAGGAAGGUUCUGGAUACUUCAGUGGCUUAUGUAAGAGGAGAGGAGAAUCUGGCCGGAUGGAGACCCAGAGGAGACAGCUUGAUCCUGGAGCACCAGUGGGAGCUGGAGAAACUAGAGCAGCUGCAUGAGGUGGAGAAGACCCGCCACCUCCUUCUGUUGAGGGAGAAGCUGGGAGAGGCUCCAGUGGGAACCACUCCUACCACCAAGUCCCUGAGCGAGUGUCUGUCCCCCAGCAUGAGCACAGGCACGCUCUCCACCUCCACCUCCAUCUCCUCCCAGAUCUCCAGCGCCACUUGCGAAAGCGCCAUCACCCCCAGCGAGAGCAGCGGCUACGACUCUGCGGACAUUGAGAGCUUGGUGGAUCACGAGAAGGAGCUCGCCUCCAAGUGUCUGCGCCUGCUGACGCACACCUUCAACAGCGAAUACAGCGAGGUGGUGAACAGCAUCAGUGACUGUAAGCUGUCCGACAUCUCUCCCUUGGGACGAGACCCAUCGGUGACCAGCCUGAGCAGCGCCACCCUCACCCCCUCCUCCACCUGCCCCUCCCUGGCUGACUCGCGCUGCAGCUCCUUAGACCAAAAAACUCCAGAGAACAGCUCCCGUGCCUCCAGUCCUUCCUGCUCAGACUAUGAGAACUUCCCAAUGGUUCCCACGCUGGAGAUGUCCUACCUUGCUCGGGCUGGAAAGAACGAGUUCUUAAACCUGGUGCCUGAUAUUGAGGAAAUGAGGCCGGGGUCUGUGGUGUCUAAGAAAGGUUUUCUCAGCUUCAUGGAGCCGCGCUCCAACACGUGGGUAAAGCACUUCGUGGUCGUUCGCCGCCCGUACGUUUUCAUCUACAACAGUGACAAGGACCCAGUGGAGCGCGGCGUUCUCAACCUGUCCACAGCCCAGGUGGAAUACAGCGAAGACCAGCAGGCCAUGCUCAAGACUCCCAACACAUUUGCAGUGUGCACAAAGCAUCGAGGAAUCCUCCUGCAGGCCAACAAUGAGAAAGAUCUGAACGACUGGCUGUACGCAUUUAACCCCCUGCUAGCAGGGACGAUAAGGUCGAAGCUGGCGAGGAGGCGCAGCGGCCUGAUGAAGAACUGAGUGACGCAGGCCUCCCAUGGCUCCUGCUCCCUCCAUGCAGCCUUUGAACAUACAAAGUGUUAAAACUUAUUAAUCAUUGUGAGUCUUAAAAGGUUUCCUCUUGUAAGUAGACCUGUGGCUUAAGUCUCUACUUUUCAUGCGACUAAAAGUUUCAACUCCGUUGAACUUUGCUUCCCUCCAGCAACCCGAGCUCUUCUUCUCCUCCCCCUUCGGCUUUUUGUGUUUAAAACUUUUACGUCUCGAUUUCUUUCUGCUUUGUCGUCACCCCUGAACUUCCUGACUUGAAGCAUGUUGUAGUAGUCUACUUGUGUGUGCACGGCUCUCCAAAAACAUUUAUUUUUAGUUUGCCAAACAUCUCUCACAAAAACAAAAGAAACAAAAAAAGUCUCCUAUCAGUGUUACGUAACUCCCAAAAUAAGUUUAAUUUAAAUUUUAGUUUUUUGAUAAUAUGCUAGGAUAAGGGAGGCUGGAGAACACCAAGUUUGCUUACUGAUAAGGGAAAACAGAUUGAAAUUUUAGGUGAAAAUCUCCAAAUAUAUCAAAGGGAUUUAGUAGUUAAUACUCUGUAACAUUAACUAUUGCUUUUCCAUAUUGGACUUAAAGAGAAAUGCAUCAGGCUUCAAAUAAGAAACUUAAGAUUUCAUGUAAAAUCUAGUCGAGCUCAGCCCAAAUCCUCCGUUUGAUGUUAGAUCCCACUCCUCAGCCUCUGUACAUACACGCCAAGAUAGUGCCAGUGUCAGUUUGUGCAUUUGUUCAAACAUAAAAAAAAAAGAAAAAAAAAGAAAUCUUGCUAACUGGAUAAAAAUAAGCAAAAAUGUACAUUCUUUGUACUGAUAGUUGCUGCAGGAAUAAACAUUUUUCCAUUUUGUAUUCCACCAUAAGAGAAGGACUGGAGGAUAUGAGGGAGGAAAUACAGGAGCGAAAGAUGCUCCAGAGGGAAAGUUAUUCCUAAAGGUGUUCCUCUGGGAUGGCAGUGAUAUUCAGAUCCUGUUUAAGGCAGUUCUCUCUGCUUCUAUAGCAAAAAUAAACCCAAACUUUAUUACCUGACUGUCGCAUAUGUAUGAAACUAAAAACUGGUGAGACAUUAAAAAGUUGCUGAGAUACAAGAGUGCUGAAGCUGCUGUAGCUUAAGGAUGGAUCAAGAAACAUUCCCCUUAUUGGGUAAAACCUCUAAAAUGAAGUAUUUGUUAAUUUCAGCACCAACAAUCAUGACCACUUCUUUAUUUUUUCUUCAGGUUCCUGAAUUUAAACUUCUCCAACUCUAACACUCUUUCUACAACUUUUGUUCCUCAGUAUUUACUGUUAUUUGAAAUGUAAAAAAGGGCAUUUAUUUGUUGAUUUUUGUUUUUAACCAGCAUUUAUUGGUGUUGCACCUUUGUUUUUUUGCACAUUAACUCAUAUCUAUUGCAAGGCAGAUCAUGCAGGAUUAUGUCUGAGCUUCAGGAACAAGGAUGAGUGAGCAUAUCGGAGUUACACUGGACGAAAACCUUAAAAGGACGUGGAGGAGGGUGAAAAUGUUUGCCCUGCACUUGAUGCUGAUGAGGCGCCUCUGUCUCUGCACUCGUUCGCUGCACAGAAGGGCAUUAUUAAACUCUGGCCAACCAACCAGCAGAUUGCCCCCUGCUCACCUCACACGAGAGCCGACACGGAGAUGCCUUCAUUAGUUUAUUUUAUAGUAGAAUAUUUGCUUGUCAAAGGACCCAGAGGUCAGGAAACCUGCUGGUCAGAGAGUCGUUAAAGAGCCCAUACUGGAAUCUAAACCCUGCAUCUAUGCAUUCGUUAGGUUAAAAAUACAAGGACACCAGAGCAAACAUUUUCACACACAGUGGCUCCUUUGCAGAAGUAUAUUAUUAUUGUUUGUGUUUAUGGUUUAUAAAUGUACAUAUUAGUUUGCAGCUCUUUGCACAUAUUAAUAAAAGGUUCAACUAACUGAUUAAAUAAAGUCUGUGCGGUUUAGUUGUUCUGCUCAUAAUUAACCAAAUGAAGGUUGGCAGCCUGAGCUGAGAGAGAGUUGAAUGUACGAUUUAAGAUGUUUGGUUGUUUUUAACUAUUUAAUUUGAAGGGACCAGAGAUGUAACCCGCUGCACCUUUUUUUUUUUUUUUCAUGAGGAUAUGAGCAAUAGUAGCGCUUCCUCCUGAUCAGAAAGUAGUUUUUUUAUUUUUUUUAUUAUGAGGAAACAUUUACCAACUACCCACGAUGCCCAGGUGUCUGAAAUCUAAUAAAAGGGUGAAUUUAUUAGUUUAUUUAAUCUAAUAUCAGGGAAUAUAACACAUCAUAGCUAUAGACUGAAAUUAUAUUAGAACACUUUAAUGUGACUUUAAAUUUUCCGUUGAUGCCUUUCAAACUAAACUAGUCGUGAUUUUUCUCAUCAGCCCCCCCACCCUCCUCAUCUGACAGUAUCUUUGGGAUUCUUGGAUUAAAAAAAAUAAAAGGACAAGACCUGAACAUUUUACCGUUGUACAUUAUUUAGACUGGUUUCAUUUUCAUACUUAUUUUGUAAAUAUCUAUGUUGUAUGGAGCUUGAACUAAAAUGUAAAUAUGUUUACUGUAUUUGUAAUAAUUAUAAUCCAUCCGCUGUAUAGCAUAGAUGUGUAUCCUAACUCUCUGUCUGGUAAUCUUGCACCACUCAACUGUUUAGUGAAUGAGGCAACAAUAAAAAAAGAAAAUGUGCAAACUGCAUUACUACACA